CUUCCAUAGCUUUCAGAAAAGCUUUCACAACCUGCGCAUCAUGGUGUGAUGAUAGAGUUGCUUUCUUCUUAAAGCUUCCAUAGCUUUAAGUUCGGCAACAUCCCAUUUCAGCUAGACGACACCAUAGUGCAUAUGUAGAUGCCAAAGUUUCAUGUGAACUGAAAAAAGCCUCUCUCUCUCUCUCUCUGGUUUCUCUCUCCCCCUACAUCAUUUGAGAGACGUUCUUUACCUUUCACAAUAUGGGAGAAGCUCACCAGCUGCAACUCAGCAUCAUGGUUCAUCAUCAGGAUGCAAAUGGAGCAAACUCCAGAAGCAUUCGCAACACAUCGGUGCUUCCUCGAGGCAAAAGUUUCAACUGGUGGCUGAGAAUGACCCUUUAUACAUGCCUAGUGCUCUCUGGCCAGUCAGUUGCAACACUCUUGGGAAGAUUGUACUUCGACAAAGGCGGCCAUAGCAAUUGGCUGCAAGCCCUUAUGAACCUUGCUGGCUUCCCCAUCCUGCUUCCCUACUAUUGCAUCCCAGCACUUAGCAAAAGAAAUAAUCCAACCACAAACAGUGUUCAAUCGGAACGGCCGCCGUCUACCUUAACCCUUGCAUCAGUCUAUGUCUCUCUUGGCCUCCUAGUAGCGUUUGGUUGCUUCUUGUAUUCUGUAGGGCUAUCAUACCUUCCUGUGUCCACAUAUUCCCUCAUCUGCGCAUCCCAGUUGGCCUUCAAUGCACUUUUCUCCUUCUUCCUCAACUCACAGAAGUUCACUCCUUACAUUUUCAACGCUCUCUUCCUGCUCACCAUCUCCUCCGUCCUCCUAGUGUUUCAAGGCGACUCUGACUCAGGCGCAGCCGGAGUAACCACCAAAGGAAAGUAUGUAAUUGGUUUCCUAUGCACCAUUGCAGCAUCAGCCUCGUAUGGAUUGACGCUUUCCCUAACACAGCUUGCAUUCAGGAAGGUUAUAAGAAAGGAAACAUUUACAGCGGUCAUGGACAUGAUAGUCUAUCAGUCACUGAUUGCAAGCUGCGCCAUCUUCAUAGGGCUUUUCGCUAGCGGAGAGUGGAAAGGUUUGAAGAAAGAGAUGGGGGAGUUUAAAUCCGGGAAGGUAUCUUAUAUCAUGAACCUAACAUGGUCAGCUAUAGUAUGGCAGCUGUUUGCUAUUGGCGGAGUAGGGUUAAUUUUUGAGGCAUCUUCCCUCUUCUCCAAUGUCGUCAGUGCUUUAGGUUUGCCUGUGGUUCCGGUUCUAGCUGUUAUCUUCUUCCAUGACAAAAUGGACCGAAUUAAGAUAGUGGCCAUGGUUUUGGCCAUUUGGGGCUUUGUUUCAUAUCUUUAUCAGCACUACCUCGACGAUCGAAAGGCCAAGACUGCUGAGUAUGAAAAUGCCGAUGGUGAGGUUUCUACAAUUCUCCCACCUUGAAACAAGCUUCUUUCCAGCGCUCAAGCACUAACCAGUUACCGAUUAUAUAUACAUUGUUCUUUCCAAGUGCCUGAAACAUGUUUAGAAUUUUAAGGCUCACAUCAUAGGUAAGUCAGAUUUCUAUAACUGCGUUACAGGUUUUCUGGUUUUUUUCUUUCUCAAUUUUUGUUUUAUGUUCUGGUUAAAAGAGCAAAAGCAUUUCAUUGGAAUUUCUACAAGUAGUAGAGUUGUAGAAAGUUUUGUACAAUGGUGG